GUAAAACUUUGAGUUGUACUACAGCAAAUGAAGUCCUCUUAAAUCCUUUUAGCCAUCCUUUUAGCAAUAUUGCAUAGGGAGCUGUCUACAUUGAUGUCUAAUCAAAACUCAUACAUCUCAUCUCGUCAACUUUUCGAAUUUUAUAAAGACCGUAUGUUCCCAUUCUAAUAAUCAACAUCUAAGUGCCCUCACUUGAACUCUACCCGAACCGAACAGUAAUUGACAUGUCAUCAAUGUUCUUUUCUUCACAGCUUUUUGAUUACACCAAGGUUGACUUACUGUUUUGUUUGUUUCUCUUUUUUAUUUUAGUCUGACAGACGAUGAUCGCUUUGCGAAUAGGGCUACUUUUGGCUCUAGGUUUAACCUUGGCAGCAGCAGAGGAUGAGGUUAUCAAAUGCCCUGGCGGCGAAUGUGUGAAGCUACACUUAUGUCGCGAUGGCGAAAUUGUAACAGAUGGAUCUAACCUGAUUGAUAUUCGGUUUAAUCCCGACGACCCAUGCGAACAUUAUCUUCUGAAGUGUUGUAAGGUGGCAGACUAUCCCGAUGCAGAUAGCGAACAGAUUAUCGUGCCCCCUCCGUCUACCAACGAAUUCGGUGUCGUGCCUCCAAGCACUGGAGAUCUGAUCCAGCCUGGGGCACAGGACCGAGAUGGGUCUUCAUCCGGAUCGGGUGGACCAGGUUUCGGUGGAGCAGGGUCGUCAGGUGGAGCUGGAUCGGGUGGAGCAGGAUCGGGUGGAGUUGGAUCGGGUGGAGCAGGAUCGGGUGGAGUUGGAUCGACUGGAGCAGGAUCGGGUGGAGUUGGAUCGGGUGGAGCAGGAUCGGGUGGAGUUGGAUCGGGUGGAGCAGGAUCGGACGGAUCCUGGACGGGUGGGCAAGGGUCUGGUGGAGUAGGGUCAGGAGGUUCUGGAACAGCACCUGGUUCAUGGUCAGGAGACAAUGCUCACACAACUGUGUCACCGAUUAAAGCACCUCAUGAAAACAUAGGAUGUGGGUUCCGCAAUAAAGAUGGCGUAGGUUUCCGCAUUACGGGUAACCAGGACGGAGAAUCAGAGUAUGGAGAAUUCCCCUGGAUGGUUGCGAUUUUGAGAGAGGAGAAAGCUCUAGAUCAAGUCAUCAACGUCUAUCAGUGCGGAGGUUCAUUGAUCCAUCCACAAGUGGUUCUCACGGCUGCCCAUUGUAUUCAGAACAAGAAGCCGAGUGAAAUCAAAGUCCGACUGGGAGAAUGGGACACUCAGACGACUAACGAAAUCCAUGAUCAUCAGGAUCGUAACGUACUCGACAUAGUUUUCCAUGAUAAGUUCUACAAGGGCGGACUCUUCAACGACAUUGGAUUGCUGUUCCUCGACAAACCGGCUGAAAUUGUUGAGACAGUCAACACUAUCUGCCUGCCACCACAAGAUCACAAUUUCGAUUUGAGUCGCUGCUUUGCAUCUGGCUGGGGAAAGGACGUGUUUGGAAAGGAGGGCAAAUACCAAGUCAUCUUGAAGAAAAUUGAACUACCUGUCAUGCCGUUCAAUAAUUGUCAGACAGCUCUUCGUACUACCCGAUUGGGACAUAGAUUCAUUCUGAAUAAGAGCUUUAUCUGUGCCGGCGGUGAACCAGGAAAGGAUACGUGCAAGGGAGAUGGUGGUUCUCCACUGGUUUGCCCUAUUCCCGGAUCAGCCGAUCGAUACUAUCAAGCAGGAAUCGUCGCUUGGGGUAUCGGAUGCGGCGAAAAGGGAAUUCCGGGUGUUUAUGCCAAUGUUGCUGGUUUCAGAAAAUGGAUCGAUGAGCAGCUUACUCAGCGUAGCAUUCCACACAAUUACUAUAUUAAUGUGUAAGACUGAAAAAUUGCAAAGAAAUACAUUAGUUUUAUGUCGAAAGCUAA